AUCUUUAUUUUUAAAUGAUAAAAUACCAUAUAUAUAUGUCUUUCUGGAGUUUCUGGUGGUAACUGGGAAAAUUCUAUUUAUACAAACCCCACUCCCUUCCUUCCCUUCUUUCUUCUUCUUCUUCUUCUUGAAGGGGUUUCUCUUUGUUUGUUAUUAUAUAAAGCCUCUCGUUUUUUUUAUCAUUGCAGUGGAUUUUCUCUUUGCUUUCUCCAGAGGCACGAGGAGGGAGACAGAGCUGAAAAGGAAUUCUAAUGGAUGCUUCGAUCUACGCCUUCUUCAGUCUCCAAUAUAUCUCGUUGGAAAACUGAUUAUAACCCAUCUCCUUGGGAUUGCUUCUUCUGGUGUGGAUUUCGAUGGUGGUGGCAGGCUAGCUGGGACCUUAAAAGCUGUUUUCUUUUGAUGGGUUGAAUGAACUAAAGCAGGGUAGCAAUGGGCAGCUUGAGCGAGGAAGAAUUCCGGUUUUUCGAUGCUGCUGAUGACAUUGCAUCGACAAUCUCUGGUGGCAGUAGUGACAUCUUUGAUUGCCAGCAGAGUUUGGGAGAUAUCAAUUCAGCUGCCUCUAGCCCUCGUUAUGCAUUGUGGGCCGACGCCCCCAAAAGUGUGGAGGAACGACGAAACAUGUUUUUGAAGUGGAUGGAAGUUGAAGGUUCAUGCCCAGAUGGAGAUUUGCCCAGUCCAGGAGGAAGCGGGAUUAAUAGAAUGAUUGAAAGUAGUGGGGCUGUGUUGAGGAACUCUUGUUAUGAAGGCGAGUUUUGUUCGACAAGGUCUUCAAGUUCCAUUCUUCUGGAGGAGUUGGGCUCGGCUCAAGAGUUCGUAGGUAGAGAUGGGAAUUCAGGUGGAGGGCUGGCUUCUAAUGUAGAUGAAAGUCAUGACCUUUAUUCACCAUAUUUAGCAAGAGCUAGGGAAUGUAGUAGUAAAGCUUCUGGCUCAUUGCCUUCUUCACUUCUUCAGCUUCAGCCGAACUGUGAGAGAUCCAAUGAUAGUAGCACAAGCAGCAGCACAGCUUCCAAGACAGAUAAAAAACGGUGGUUGAGCAGGUUGAGGUCAAUGGCAUGUGCUGUGGAUGGAAGAACACAGGCUGAGAGGAUUAGCCAUUCGGUUGAUGAUUCACUUUUGUAUAGGACACGGAGGGUGAAAGUUAGGCAAUCUGGGAAGCAAGUAAAGGAGCUCUCUGCACUCUAUAGUGGGCAAGAUAUCCAGGCUCACAGGGGCUCGAUCUUGGCGAUGAAAUUUAGUCCAGAUGGGCAGUACCUGGCAAGUGCUGGUGAAGAUGGGAUCGUGAGAGUAUGGCAAGUUCUUGAAGAUGAUCGAUCGAAUGAACGUGAUAUUCCAGAAAUAGAUCCUUCAUGCAUCUACUUCACUGUGGAUCAUUUAUCCGAGUUGAAACCCCUCAUUAGUAAUCAAGAGAAGACGGUUAAAAUGAGGAGUUUGAGGAAGACAUCGGAUUCUGCUUGUGUGAUUUUCCCUCCUAAAGUUUUCAGAAUAUUGGAGGACCCAUUGCAUGAGUUUGUUGGUCACAGUGGAGAUAUCUUGGACUUGUCAUGGUCAAAUGAUAGUCAUUUACUGUCGGCUUCAGUUGACAAAACUGUUCGUCUAUGGCAAGUAGGAUGCAAUCGAUGCCUUGGGAUCUACUCACAUAGCAACUACGUUACUUGUGUUCAGUUUAAUCCUGGGGAUGAUAAUUACUUCAUGAGUGGUUCCAUAGAUGGGAAAGUUCGGAUUUGGGCAAUUUCUGGUUGCCAAGUUGUUGACUGGGUCGACAUUAAAGAAAUAGUUACAGCAGCUUGUUAUCGUCCAGAUGGGCAGGGAUUGAUUGUUGGCUCAAUGACAGGCACUUGCCGCUUGUAUAAUAGGACUGACAAUCGCUUGCAAUUGGAUGCACAAGUGUGCUUAAACACCAAAAAGAAGUCACCUGGAAAAAGAAUAACUGCCUUCCAGUAUUCCCCACAAGACUCGGACAAGGUAAUGGUGAGCUGUGCCGAUUCACAAGUCAGGAUACUGAAAGGGCUCAAUGUCAUUGCCAAAUACAAAGGCUUGAGGAACACUGCGAAUCAUGUAUCUGCACGGUUUACUUCAGAUGGAAAGAAUAUAAUAUCAGCUUGUGAGGAUGCCAAUGUUUAUAUGUGGGAUAGUUUUGGCUUGGAAGACUCAUUCUGCCCAAAUGGUAAAAACAUCAAGUCUUGUGAGCGGUUCUCUGCUGAUGCAUCGGUUGCACUGCCUUGGGCUGGUUUCAAGAAGUCUUGGAACUCGGAAAAUGGAGAAUCUCUGCCUUUUUCUUCGCCUGCAAGUUUCAAUCUGGGUCAAGAAUACUACCUCGAGUCCUAUCCCAAAGGUUCAGCAACCUGGCCAGAGGAAAAGCUUCCAAGAUCAAGCCCUUCAUCAGCCACGCCAUUAGCAUCGAUGCAUAAAUCCCAGUACAAGUUUCUGAAAGCUUCAUGCCAGAGCACUGCUGGCUCUCAUGCAUGGGGUCUUGUCAUUGUGACUGCAGGGUGGGAUGGCAGGAUUCGAUCUUACCACAGUUACGGCCUGCCAGUUCCAACCUGAGAUUGUUCUUGGUUUUCCGGAGGAUCAACCUGGUGUUCACUAUCUCCGGCGUGGAUGCAUUAUGCUCGAAUCUCGAUGCUCAGCUGGGCCCAUGUCUGAUGAAUGCUUAGGCAUGACAAGUGGUGGGGUAUGGUUGGCUGCAAACAUAGACCUACUUGGGAAUGGAUUUUUCUCAUUCGUCAACUAAUGGAAAGAUAUGCAGAGGUCAUGUCUUAAGAAGAGGAGAGGCCAGUAUUAGAUACAUUAUUCUUCUUUAUCCAUAUUGGAGGCAGGUCGUGGGUCAGCCACUUCACAACAAGAUGAGGGGUAUCAAAACCUGGUGGCUGGAGUUCGUUUUAGGGGCAGGAAAUGGUGGGGGUUAGGGAGCUUCACACCAUUACAACAUAUAUUGGUGGUUCUGAUAUGAAUGAUUGAAUUGCUCUUGUCUGCCAUUUCUUGCUUUCAGGGUAGGGUAUAUGCUUCACCUGACCGGUGGGGGCAUCAAUUUUGAGACGUCAGCAUCUACUUGACUUCUUAUCGGAAGUUCAUCGAAGGUGGCUGCCAGCAUCUACUCAUAACUCAUAUAUCCAAACCAUCGCUCGAAGUCCAGCUGCAGUCGAACCAGUAUCAAAUUUUUUGGAUGUUGCUUUGAAAGAGUUGAUGAUCUCUGUAUGUGUUUAUUUUCCUCCCUCCUUUUGCAGUUCCUGCUCUUGCUCACAGGAUUUUUGUACAUGUAUCUUUGUAUUCUUAAGCUUAUUCUAAACCCCCUCCCCUUUCAUUCUUCUUGGAUUAGGAUUAGCGAUAUCGAUGUCCAUCCUGUUUUCUGGAGAAAGUAUGAAGAGAUGAAAUUUGCCUUCAUGCCUGAACAUGUAGUUCUGGGCAGCAGAUGUUUUAAAGGUUUGUCCUUUGGUGUAAAUUGUAAAUGAUCUGGAAAGGAGAAGAAAAGAAAAAAAAGAAAAAGAGUUGUGAUCACCAUUUUGGCUAUGUAAACUCUUCUGUGUUGUGGUUCGAUUCUUUAACUUGUAACUAUCCUGGGAAAGUUUCCAGUAUCUGGUUCAUCAAGUUUCCAGCUUUCUAGUUACUGUAUUUUGUAGUUUUGUCAUU